AUGACACUUCUGAAAGGAACAUUUCUGAGAAUUGAAGGAACAGAACCUGAUAUCAUUCACUCUGAUGCAGUCCUUCCAGGAGACUCAGUGACUCUGCAGUGUUCAGUCCUCUCCGACUCAGAGAAUAAAACCUGUCCAGGAGGACACAGUGUGUUCUGGUUCAGAGCCAGAUCAGAUGAAACUCCCAGUUUAGUUCAUGCAGGAAACAGCAGUGAUGGAUGUGAGAGGAGCCCUGAAGCUCACUCUCCACAGAAAUGUGUCUACAGCUUCUCUAAGAACGUCAGCUCCUCUGACGCUGGGACUUAUUACUGUGCUGUGGCCACAUGUGGACAGAUAUUAUUUGGAAACGGGACAAAACUGGACAUUGAAGCACUCAACAUGUGGGAACUGCAGCAAACCAGAACAGCUCUGAUUCUGUUAUGUGCAGCGUUGGCUAUAAGUCUGAUUGUUAUCGCCGCACUGAUUUAUUCCAUCAAGAACAAAACUUAUGCUUUUGGUCUGCAAACAAACUCUGCAACAGCCAGCUGUGAUCAACAAAGUCAGCAGAGAGAGGAGGAGGCACAGUUUUAUUCUGCUGUCGUCUUCACUGUGAUGAAAACUGGAUGUGAUGCAACGAAGGAGAAAAACGCAUCAGAGAGACAGAGGAUCUACGCUGCUGUCAAAACUUUUGGGUUGGAUUAGUGAGUCAACAGGUCUGUUUACCAUCAGUUGAUACUGUAUGAUCACGUUAAUGUUAGUCUAAACAGUUUGUGAAACAGUAUGUGGCUAGUAGGUGGUACUGCACCUAUUAUAGUAUUCUAAUGUUAGAAUUAAGUUUUGUCCAGUUGUU